AUGAGUGUGUCUUGGGUAUCGGCCGAUUGCCAGCGUGGCUGGAGGCACGAACAGCAAAGAAAUCCUCAUACCCGUGAACCUUCACCAGAGGUUUUCGCUCGAUUCUCGACUUACUACCGCGCCCCUGUCAUGGCCGGCCAACAGCAGGUCGUGGAAGAGAAUGAGAUCGAGGGCGGAGAGAAGGAUUACGACUAUCGUCGGCCCGAAUCAUCUACAGACGAAGAGGAAGAGGACUACGUGUACAGGCGUCGGCAGUGGUUGGUAGGCGCCAGCAGCCCCUCUAUUAGCGAGGACGAUUGGGCCGGAUACUCAGAGGACGGCGAAGCCGAGUCGAGCCAGCCCGCCGGCCUCAGAGACGGCGAAAAUGACACCUCAAGCCACUUCGAAAUUGACCCUCACGACCUUCUCAGAGAACUAGAGGGACGCAACUACAGAGUCGCUGACGAAUACUCUGGCUACGACGGUGUCGACGAGAAUGUUCUUCGCCUAGCCGCCGUCCAAGACGACUAUUACGACGGAGACUGCGAGGAUAACGAGUCUUGGUGGUACGAUGAUAUGAACGAUAACGAGGUUCUGGACGACAACGCAUACCGCCACGACGAAUUUCUCGAGCGUUGGGGAGCUGUUGACUGGCACCAAGAGCCAAGGCAACGCGAGGACGCGCCUAUCUCACCCCGAACCAGAGCUGGUACUCCUGGCAGCCCUGCCAGUGUUGUCAAUGACUGGAAUGACCUCAGCGAUUCCAGUGAUUCCAGCGUUGAGUUCCUCUUUGAAUGUCAAGCCUGGGAUUCGUCAACAAACAGCAGUGGUAGCAGCAUCGACACUCAGCUGUCUUCCUUCUCCGACACUUCAAAACGUGAGAGGUCGGAAUCGCUAGAGGCCUUGCAAGAUUCAGUCCAGGUAGACUCGCUACGUCGCGCAGUCAUUCACCGCGAGAGCGACAAGCGAAAGCGGGAGGACAGCGUCGAAUUUCUCUUCGAAUUUGAACGCAACGUCAGACGGAAAUUCAACAAUUCGAUCUAA